UUCCUGUCACACUAUCUCAACAGACGAGCAGGCAGAAGCAGCUAUAAUAAACCCACCCCUUUUGUGAAGAGCCCUUUGAACCGCCAGGAGAGGGGAGCUAAAUUACUUCCAAUAUGUUCAAAGGGGUGGGCAAAGGCUCACCAAGCAAAAGCUCCCCGAACAAGUCUCCAAGCAAGCAAGCCAAGUCCUCAGGCGCCAAUGACCUGGCUGUACUCAUCUCUCGCAUGCAAAGAAAUGCCGACCAAGUGGAAAAGCACAUUCUUGAAACACAAACCAAACUCAAACAGGAUAUCAGUAACCACCGGCAAAACCAGACUUUUGAAUUCCACCAGGAGAAUGGCAAGAAGCUGAAAGAGGCAGAGAUACUAUUGAAAGACCUUUUCCUAGAUGUGGACCGAGUCAAGCGACUAAAGCAUCCCCAGGCCUUGGAAAUAGAGAAAGACAUCAAGCAACUCCAUGGCCGAGUGACAUACCAAUGUGCGGAAUACCGAGAUCUCUAUGAAAAGUUUACUGUUCCUGAAGCUGGAUCCAAAGUGGACUGGGCAAAAAUUCUAGAACAAAAACAGAAACAAGUCAAUGCAGGGGAAUACGGCCCUACCGUGCCAGAGCUGGAGAAGCAAAUAGCAGAACACAACAUCCUACAGAAGGAGAUAGAAGCAUACAGCCUCCAGAUCAAGAACCUCCAUGGGCCGGAAGCAGUGGAUUUGAAGAGCCAGCACAAGGACUUGCUAAAAGCCUCUAUCUGGCGAGGCCAAAGCCUGGGAAGCCUCUACAACCACCUACAAGGUUGCACUAAGGAGCUGGCUUAUCUCACAGAGCAGCAAAACAAGAUCUUGAGGCAGGACUGGAGCGAUCAACUGAUUGAUCCCCAAACAGUGCGGCAUGAAUAUGAGGAGUUCAAGACUAAUGAACUCCUUAACCAGGAAGAAUAUGUAAAUACACUGCAGGAUGACGGGGAGAGGAUGAUUGAACUGAGGCAUCCAGCAGUCCGUCCAAUCCAGGCUCACCAGGAAGCCCUGAAGAGUGAGUGGCAGAAUUUUCUCACCUUGUGUAUCUGCCAGGAGAACCAUUUGAAGAACAUAGAGAACUAUAGGAAGUUCUAUGAUGAUGCUGAUGCUGUGAGUCAGUCACUUAAAAAGCUGAAUGAUGAUCUCGAUACGAAGUAUAGCAAGUUCAAUAAAGAUAGCCCAGGAGUGGUGUCUGACUUAGUCCGUCAGCUGGAGAACGAUGAGAAGACUGUGAAACAAGCUGAGAAGAGCAUUGCUGAACUGAAAAGGAGAAGUAAGGAGAUCGGUCCUUUGAAACUACGCAGGAUCUACCCCUCCCAGCCCAUUAUUGUAGAUACCAUCUGUGACUGGGACUUGGCUGAUCUUCAAAGGGGUGAGAAGUAUACUUUGAACGACAACAGCAACCAAGAGAACUGGGUGGUACAGAAUGCCAGCAGAGAGACCAAGGCAGCUCCUGCCGCUUGCUUCACUAUUCCACCUCCAGACCUGGAGGCCAUAGAGAGAGUUAACAGGCUGGAAAGUGAGCUGAACACAGUGAAGGAGAGGAGAGCUAUAGUCCAGAACACCCUGAGAAGCAGCCACAAAGAGCCCAUUAAACCCAGCCAGCAGGUUCCAGUUAGAGGCUCUACCGUGGGUCGAGGUGAACCCCAUGCUGACUAUCUACUCCACAAACUGGAAAAGAUUGAUGGCGAUUUGGACCAGGUCAAGAAGGAGAUAUUUGGUCGCCUGAGGUCCCCACUAAACUACAGUGCCCCUGCAGAGGAUCUUGUUCAGCGGGUCCGAGACCACGAGGGAACAACAAGGAGAUUUGAAGACACUGGUGCAGAGAAGGAAGCUGUUCAGAAGGAGUGCGAGACCUAUCUUUCUGAGAAGCCAACUAGCACCUCUGCCUCUCAGCUCCCUGUGAUGCUGAACAACAUAAAGAACAAAUACAAUGAUGUUAAGGUGCUCUCCAGGCUCUACGAUGAAAAAGCCAAAGCAGGACUGAAUCUGGAGAAUCAAAUAGAGAACACGGACAAGAUCGUUAGCACCUUUGAGGCCAAGCUGGCCCAUGAUGGCACCAUCCCAGCUUCGCCCAAUGCACUGCCAGAUCGGGCCAAUGAACUGCAGAAACUGAAGCGAGAGUUAGUCAAACAUGAAGACAGCUUGUUAAAGCUCAACCGUGGCCUCAAGGACGCCGAGCACAGCUGCAGUGCCGUGCAGAACAACUUCCAAGAGUACUGCCCAGAUCUACCAAGGCAAAAGAAGGAGGUCCAGCUCCUUAAUGACCGCUAUCAUGCGGUAGCGGACCAACUGGAUCACCGGGAGAAGACGCUCCGGAAUACCAGCCUCACCUACCAGCAGUUCCAAAAUGCCAAUGAGAACUUGAUGUUCUGGCUCAACAAUCUGCCCACGUAUCAGGUCAAGACCACAGAUGGGCCGAGUCAAAUCAACUACAAGCUGCAGGCCCAGAAGAGACUGGCAGAUGAAAUACAGAGCAAAGAAUCUGCUAAGAAUUCUGUGGUCAACUUAUCCCAGAAUGUGCAGUCGAUUCUCAAUGAUUACGAAAUACAGGCAGGAAAAUAUCGAUCAUCCCUGGACCCUGCUUUGACUGCUUACUCCGCUAAGCGUCUCCGGGUAACUCCACUUCAGGAGAGCAUCCAGAUGCAGGAAAAUGAGGUGACAAAGCUCUACACGGAGGCGGCGGCUGAAAAUAAACAACAGAUCAACCGGCUGGAAUUUGCCAAGAAAGUUAUGGACAAGAAAGAAGUAAACGAGGCAGUGCAGGUGAUACAUGAACAAACCCAGCAGUCUGAAAACGCAGCCAAGUCACAGAAAGAAUCAUACACCCUUAAAUCUCAGCUGGAAGAGGAAAGGAGCAAGAAAGCCAGGGCUCAGCAGGAGCUGGAAGAACAGAGGAACAAACUUCUGACACUGAAGACCCAGCGGCCCAUUGAAAGAGUAGAGGAGAAAGAAGUGAUGGAGUAUUACAGAGAUCCCACUCUGGAGAGCAACCUGUCUAAAAUAUCUCAGCAAAUUGAGGAUGAGAAUAAGAAGAGAAAGAGCCUGCAGGCAGAAAUUGAGAUGAUGAACCAUAAGGUCCUUCAAAUGGAGAAAGACAGGAAAGUUGUGAAAGCCCAGCUACUUACCAAAGAGAUUACUAAAAUAGAGAAAGAUCCAAGCCUAGAUGCCCAAGCAGCCCAUCUUAGAGAAGAAAUCAGGCGUCUCAGAGAGAAUUUAACUUCUUCCUCUGAACUUGAGCAACUCAGGAAAGAGCUGCGGUUUCUGGAGCAAAAACAGCCCAACAUUCGAGAGAAAGUGGUGGUAAAAGAGGUGGUCAAGCUGGAAAAGGACCCAGAGAUGCUAAAAUCAGUCAGGACAUUGCAGAUGCAAAUUGAUGAAGACAGUUUCAAGAGAAAGUCUGUGGAAGAGACAAUAGGGAAAAUGAAAAGCAGAAUUGAAGAGCUUGAAAAGCUGAUUGAAACAGCGGAACCUAAAGUCAUUGUAAAGGAGGUGAAGCAAGUGGAACAAGACCCAGAGCUUCUGAAGGAGUCUUCCAAGCUUCAGACUCUAAUUGAAGAGGAGAGGAACAAGAACUUGGUACUAGCAAAAGAACUAACAGACCUUCUGAGCAUGCACAGCACUGUGAAGUGGCAAAAGCCUAAGGUGGAGGUUAAAGAAAUAAUAAACGAGAUCUUCCGGCUUGACCCAGAGACAGAAGAGGAGAUUGCACGUUUGAAAAAGGAACUCCAAGAAGUUACAAGGAAAAGAAAAAGGGUUGACCAAGAGGUGGACACAUCCUUAUCUGAGCUCAAUGUUCUCCGGUCUCAGAAACCGACAGUGGAGUUUAAAGAGGUCAUCCAAGAGGUGGUGAAGAUGGAAAAGAGCCCUGAGAUUUUGAGAGAAAUAGAUCUAUUGAAACAACAAUUGAAUGAUUUUGUGAAUACAAAUGGAAGGAUCCAGGAACAGUUGAUCAGGAUUCAGGGAGAACGGGAUGAGUGGAAGAGGGAAAAAUCAAAGGUUGAAACCAAGCUGGUUACUAAGGAGGUUGUACGAUAUGAGAACGACCCUCUGUUAGAGAAAGAAGCUGAACGUUUCCGCCAGGAAGUACGUAUUGCAUCACAAAAGAGAAGAUCAACUGAAGAUGCCAUUUAUGACCUACAGAAUAAGUACAUGCUCCUGGAAAGGAGAAAGCCUGAGGAAAAAAUUGUGGUCCAAGAGGUAGUAGUUAUGCAGAAAGAUCCAAAGCUCCGAGAUGAGCAUAGCAGAAUGAGUAGAAGCCUGGAUGAUGAAGUGAGCAAUCGCAGACGGCUGGAACGUGAAGUCCAACAGCUUCGGGCAGCAGUGGAAGAGGAGGAAAAGUUGCUUAACUUCCAAGAAGAUAGAAACAAACGGCUUGCUUUGGAAAAGGAAAUGCGGCAGAUCACGUUGAGAAUAAAGGAAAUUGAGGAAAGUCCUACCCCAGUUCAAGAGACAAUAAUCAUGGAGGAAAUGGUCAAGUUAGAGAAAGAUCCAGUUCUUGAGCAGUCUACUACCAACCUGCGAAUAGAUUUGGAUAAUGAGAAGGCUGAAGUGUUGAACCUACAGAGGGAGUGCAAGAAUCUAGAAUGCCAGAUUGAUGCUCUACAAAAAAAGAAGUCCCAGGAAAAGACCAUCUACAAGGAAGUAAUCAGAGUAGAAAAAGAUAGGGUAUUAGAAAAUGAACGAACCCGUCUUUGGGAUCUGUUGAGUAGGGAGCGAUCUACCCGACAAAAUGCUGAAGAAGAUAUCAGGCGUCUCAUGGAGAAAAUUGAGAGAGCAGAAGGCAUGAAGAGGACAUGGUCCAGAGAAGAAAUUGAGCUCCAGAAAACACAAAAUGUGAUAAUGCAAGAAAAAGAUGAUAUUGAGAAUGAAUUAAUGGAACUAGAAAGGCAGAAGCAACAGAAAAUCCUCUUCCUUAGAGAGCAGACAAAGCUUUUGAGUCAGAGGACGGAGAAUGACAGACAAAAAAAGAUGCAACUUGGUCAAGAACUUUCUCUCCUUGAAUCAAACAUACUCAGAGAGAAGGACCUGAUUUAUGAAAAAGAGAGGACUAUCCGUGAACUCCAAUCCAGAGUCAACAGAGAAGAACUGAACCAAGAGACCAGGAUGAGAGAGACCAAUCUUUCAACAAAGAUCUCCAUUCUGGAUCCAGAGACUGGCAAGGACAUAUCACCCUACGAGGCCUACAAGAGAGGUAUGAUAGACAGGAGCCAAUAUAUACAUCUGCAAGAACUAGAGUGUGACUGGGAGGAAAUUACAACCCUCGGGCCCAUAGGAGAUAUGUCUGUCCUCCUUGACAAGAAGAGUGGAAAGCAGUACUCGAUCGAUGAUGCCUUGCGAUUUAGAAGGAUUACAAAGGAAGAAUUCCAGCUCUACAGGGAAGGCAAGCUCCCCAUCUCUGAGUUUGCUCUGCUGGUAGCAGGAGAAACUAAGCAGACUUCAUCCCUGUCUAUUGGCUCAAUAAUCUCGAAGUCUCCAAUUACAUCCCCCUCUUUCCAACAAAAACAGGACUUCUUUUCUCAUCCACAAAUGCCUUUCUGUGAUGAUACUUUCCCCAUCGCUGGGGUGUAUGACAUAACCACUGACAACAAAUACAAUAUCAAAUCUGCUCUUAACAAGAAGCUGGUGGACCCAAUGACAGCUCAAAAGCUUUUCGAAGCACAAGCAGCUACUGGAGGCAUUGUUGAUCUUAUCUCACGAGAUCGUUACUCUGUCCAUAAAGCCAUAGAUAGAGGGCUGAUUGACGACACUUACAUGCAGAGGCUGCUGAAUGCCCAGAAGGCAUUCACAGGGAUUGAAGAUCCAGUCACCAAAAAAAGAUUGUCCGUAGGAGAGGCAGUUCAGAAAGGGUGGAUGACCGUAGACAAUGCCUUUCCAUACCUGCAGGUACAGCAUCUGACUGGAGGGCUAAUAGAUCCCAAGAAAACUGGUCGUAUCCCAGUGGCAGAGGCUGUCCAGACAGGUAUGCUUAGCAGUGAUCUGGCCAUGAUGCUGCAAGACGAAUCUAAUUAUGAAAAGGAUCUUGUCGACCCUAUCGUCAAAGAAAAAAUUCAUUACGAGGAAGCUAUGGCUCGUUGCCGGAAAGAUCCUCUAAGCGGGCUCCUCCUCCUGCAGGCUGCCUCUGAUGGGUACCAAUCGUAUCAGUCAGCAAACCGUUCGCCCACCUUGCCCCGGUAUAGGCAUUGAGGCAAGCACUGUACCCUUCAGUUUCCACAUUUCCUCAGGUGCUUUAAAUCCUCAGCAGAGUUCAUACACUGUCCAUAGGCAAACAGUGUACCUGGUACUUGUGGCUGGGAGUGUGCUGUACUAGAUAGCUAGUCCUGUUUCCUUAUACCAAGGCAGCAAUGCAUUUCAAGGAGAAGCUGGCAUUCCUGAAGGUAGAAGGGUUCUAAUGCAGUAUACUGUAGGACAGCAACCGAAUAAAUAAGCUUGGGGAACUUUUUACUCUAUGUCUUUGUAUCAAGGUGCUUUGAGUU